AUGGCUCAAACCCCGCAACAACGCCGUGCGAACGAAAAGUUCGCGAAGAGCGAGGCCGCCAAGCGCGGAAGAGGGCCAACCGUCGCGAAGCCCAGGCAGAGCAAAUCGCCCAUCUCCAUGGGCUGGCUGGUGCUGCUGGCUUUUGUCGUCUGCGGUGGUCUUAUCCUCGAGCUGUUCAGAAUCGUCCCUCAGAUUUGGGAUACCGUGGCCUCCAUGCUUGCUCGAAUCACCAGUUAG